UCCCCUUUGCCAUAAAUGGUCACCCACAGAGAAGGAGGAGGACGAGGAGGAGGAGGAGGCGGGGAAGGCGGAGGAGGAGGAGGAGGAGGCAGGAGGGCUGCCGUGGGGCUGCGCUCCGGGAAGGCGCGUCACUGGGGCGGGCGGCGGGGGGUGCCGCCCAAAAGCCUGGCAGCACCGCAGAGGGAGUUUGGGGAGCCCCCUCCGCACCGGCCCAUCGGGAUGGACGACCUGGAUGCUCUCCUGGCUGACUUGGAGACGACAACCUCCCAUAUCUCCAAAAGGCCGGUUUUGCUUACAGAUUCAGGGGCAGCCCUGAGCCAGGAGAGGAACGCAGAAGCCAAGCCAGCUCCCCCACCUUACAACCCACAGCAGCAGACUGGAACCACUGGCAUGUCUGUUGAGCCUCUUCCAGCAUCUACCCUGCAGGGUGGAAGUGACAAGGAACACCUGUACAGCACGGUCUGCAAGCCACGUUCGCCCAAGCCUAAGGAAGGUGGGCCUCCACCCUUCUCCUCCUCCAGCGGUGUGCUUGGAGCCGGGCUUUGUGAAUUGGAUCGACUGCUGCAGGAACUCAAUGCAACCCAGUUCAAUAUCACAGAUGAAAUAAUGUCCCAGUUUCCAUCCAGCAAAAACCCAAGUGGGGACAAGGGCAAAGACAGGCCAGAAGAUUCUAUCGAUUCUCUGUCUCGGUCAGUGGCUCCUCCAUCUGCAAAGCCAUCUGCCACGUCUGCCACCUUGGAGCUGGACAAGCUCAUGGCCUCUCUGUCAGAUUUCCGGGUCCAGAGCAAUCUCCCAGGAGCUUCCUCCACCAUCACAACGGUAUCACCACCUCCUGCUCCUGCCCGCGUGUCCUCGGCACAGCUCCCGGUGGUUUCGUCCAUUUCCCCCAGCUCUCCUGCUGCGCCACCGCAGAUGUCUCCAGCUCAACCAAGUGGGAAUCUGGACAGCAUGCUUGUGAUGCUGGAGUCCGAUCUCAGCCGCCAAGGGAUCUCCACCACCGCCAAGGGCCUGUGUGCUUCCUGUCAGAAACCCAUUGCAGGGCAGGUGGUGACAGCCCUGGGCAGCACCUGGCACCCCGAGCAUUUUGUCUGCAGCCACUGCCAGAAGGAGAUGGGAGGCAGCAAUUUCUUUGAGAAAGACGGUGCUCCUUACUGUGAGAGGGAUUACUUCCAGCUCUUCUCCCCCCGCUGUGGCCUUUGCAAUGAACCCAUCCUCGAUAAAAUGGUGACUGCACUGGAUAAGAACUGGCACCCCGAGCAUUUCUGCUGCGUCAAAUGUGGGCGGCCCUUUGGGGAGGAAGGCUUUCAUGAGAAGGACGGGAAGCAGUAUUGCCGCCAAGACUUCUAUGAACUCUUCUCCACCCGCUGCCAGGGAUGCAACCAGGCCAUACUGGAGAACUACAUCUCGGCUCUCAAUGCCUUGUGGCAUCCAGAGUGCUUUGUCUGCAGGGAGUGCUACACUCCCUUUGUGAACGGCAGCUUCUUUGAGCACGGCGGCCGCCCGUUUUGUGAGAUCCACUACCACAAGCAACGUGGAUCGCUCUGUUCAGGCUGCGAAAAACCCAUCACCGGGCGGUGCAUAACAGCCAUGGCGCGCAAGUUCCACCCCGAACACUUUGUCUGCGCCUUCUGCCUCAAGCAGCUCAACAAGGGCACCUUCAAGGAGCAGAACGACAAGCCUUACUGCCACCCGUGCUUCAUCAAGCUCUUUGGGUGACCAGGAGGUGCCUCGCCAUUGCUGUGGCCAAGCCAUGCCUACUGCCGGCAUGGGAACAGGGGAGGACCCAUGGGUCCCUCAGUCUUUGACCAAGCCAUACCCACUUCCAUGCGUGGGAGAGGCCUGUGCCUUAGGGGCUUCAACACACAUCACAGAAGCCACCAACACCAUUGCCAAAAACAUACAUGUAUAGAUAAGACCCAUGUGCAAAAAUAAAAUAUAAAACUCCCUUUCCAAAACCAAAAGUGAUGGAUAGAGCAAGGUAUCCCUACUCCUCCUGCCCUACUCAGGAGCCAAUCCCCCUUCAAAGCAUGAGCAGCCAAUAGUUAACCUCGACCACAUCACAUGCCAUUUUGAAGCCACACCUGCAUGUAAUGCAAGCACUUCAGACAGGAGGCAGUGCCUUAAGCCAUGUUCACGAGACCAGCUGGCAGUGCCACCCAGGGAGGAGGUGGGGCCAAAAUGAAGCCUUGUCCCUGCUUCUUUUUAAAUCCUUUGCAAUUUUGCCCAGUAGUGCAAGAUGGGAAGUAUCCGAGCCCCGCUCUCCUUAAUAGGACUUUUAAAAGCCAUAAACCAAAGAGAGAUGCCCUUCCAUACAUUGUUGGACUGCAUCUCCUAUCAUCCAGUACAAUCAGCUUUGGGGCUAUGGCUCAUAGAUACUACAGUCCAAUCAAGAUCAAAUUCCUCAACUUUGCAAUAAAGCCAUUUAGAUUGGAGGUGAGAAAUGCCCCUUUGCUUCUUGUUGUUUUAGGGCAUCUUGUUCUUUUGUCCCAGUAUAUUCAAGUGUUGGGAAGGAAGCCCUCCUCACUCCAGGGCUGUUUUCAAGCACUUAUGAUCUCAGCACUAAAGUGGCUCAACUGUAAGAGAAGAUAAACAACAGAAACUCUUUGGCUCAUCCUUUUUUGGGCAAAAAGACGAGAAGGACUUACGUAGGAACGGCUUCCAAGAGUUGUUUGCAUUAAUGGGAUCUGCCUCUCUCCCUUAGGAGGGCCAUGCAUCUAAGGGAGUUAAAAGCAUGAUAGGAAGGAAUGGAACCUGGUUGUUGUAAGGGACCCAGAACUUGGACUACGAUUCCCAGCGUAGGGAAUUCCAACAGUUACUGUCUAAAAAAAUUAUUUUGCAAAGCUUUGUUUUGUGUUAAGAAAGAGAUGGUUAAAAAUGUCUUGGUUUGCCAAAUAUUAAAGAAGUUCCUAUUUUAAAAGCUAGGGAGAGACAAUGUUUGGGAAAAUAUGCCUAUACUUGUUUUUUUCUGAUUCAUCAGGAUCUUUUUUAAAUCUUUCAGUGUUAAACCCCAAAAGAGGCUUUUCAUAUGAUGCAAUGGAUGUCAUGAGUCCAAAGAGCAUGUGUUCAUUCCUUCUGCCCCAGAUUUCUAUACCAAUUUUUUACCCUCUCACUGCUGUAUAAUAUAUAAUAAAAAAUCACAUGCUAAAAAAA